AUAACAAGGACAAUGUUCCAGGUGGGGUGAAACGAAGAAGAUCGCCGUCCCUCCACGCCGCGACAGCUCGUCCUGCGAGAAUACCGCAACCCCCGGUUUCAAACGUAAACAAAGCCACAAAUCCGCCCACAAGGCCGGCUCCAAAGGCGAUCGUUGAUGUUCGAAAAAACGCGCUAGCUGUCUCCGAGCCGGAGCCUCCACGACGGCUGGGUCGUAUGCUACAGGCCCUGAACACACGGAGACAAAGCCAAGUGAUCCUUUCCUCAUCUUGCGACUCUGCAAAGUCUUCGGUACGAGUGGCUUUCCCCAGCGAGCGCCCAUCAUCUGUGGUGCUCUCUUCCCGCGCAGCUUCCCCUGUAGCAACAUCGGAAGCAGCUCUUCAGGAUGAAGAGGACGAAGAUAAUACCAUUCAUCCACCCGCCAAACCGGUAGUUGAGAAAAAGGAGGAACCUGCUCCUUCGCGUCCAUCCUCAGAACCGGAGACCACCGAGACACCAAAGCCAGAAGUUCGACGCCCUGAAGAGCUUUUUGAACAGAUGACGGAUGGAGACUGGCUAUAUGCACCACCAGAGAAGCGUAUGGAGUACCGAAAGGAAGUAGAACGUGUCGCAAGCACUUUUAAGGAGGAACCUGAUCUAGAUGACCCUACUAUGGUGGCAGAGUAUGCAGAUGAGAUUUUUGAGUAUAUGGCAAAGCUUGAGGAGGACUCCAUGCCACGACCUGACUAUAUGGCGGGUCAACAAGAAAUUACUUGGGAGAUGCGAUCCACCUUGGUGGAUUGGCUGUUGCAAGUGCACCUCCGCUACCAAAUGCUCCCGGAAACAUUAUGGAUCGCCGUCAACAUCAUUGACCGGUUUUUGUCCAAGCGCAUUGUUUCUGUGGUGAAACUGCAGUUGGUAGGGGUGACUGCCAUGUUCAUCGCUGCCAAGUAUGAAGAAAUCAUCGCUCCGGGAGUAGACGAGUAUGUGAAGAUGACAGAAGGUGGAUAUAAACGGGAUGAGAUCCUCAAAGGAGAAAAGAUUGUCUUGCAGACCAUCGACUUCCGCAUCUCGACAUACUGCUCACCUUAUUCUUGGGUCCGACGGAUCUCCAAAGCGGAUAACUACAAUCUGCAAACUCGCACUUUAUGCAAAUUCCUCAUGGAGCUCACUCUCUUGGACUACCGGUUUUUGAGAGCGAAACCGAGUCUCAUCGCAGCCAUUGGCAUGUACAGUGCCAGGCGAAUGUUGGGACAGGACUGGAGGCUCGUAGGGAAAGAGGACCUUUCCUUACCUGAUGAUCCCACAUUUGCAGACAUGAAUAUGAAUAUGAACAGGAAGAAUUUCACCCUGACAACGAUGUCUCUCUUAAGAGUCGGCGGGUUUAGCUUUCCCGCCACUACCCGGGAUUCGACCUGCACAAAACCUCUCCUCGACCAGGCCACCCAAAAAUCCAGGCAAAUCAAAACUUCUGAAAAUAAAUCGUUUAUUCUACUUGACUGUCUACUAUGGACACAAAGUGCCAGCAACAAGGUGCUGGCUGACAAGUUGACAGAAAACGGGAUCCCCCAACACGACGUUGCUGAAGAUGGCUACACGAUGAACACUUUCAGAGGAAGCUCAUCAUGGAGAUCUACGCAGCAUUUCAGCGACACCUCCUCCACUCCUUUUCUGGGAGACAGCCGCACAGAAAACCACACAGAAAAAGCCUUCUCACGGAUG